CCACCAUCUGUGCUGGCAUCACCUUACCUGCCCCUGAAUGACUGGAGGAGGGCCCUACAGACAGGCCACCCCUGUGCUCAGCAGCCCUGUCUGUGUCUGAUCAUUAAAGGACUGUCUCUUCGAGAGGGGACACUGAGGCCAGCAGGACAUGGUCUUAGGCUUAAGGGGCCUGGCUGCUGAGUCCAGGAGACCACGAGCAAGCCUCAGUGUGCAAUUUUAUCCCUGAGACAGCUCCACUAGGGAGGGAAAGUUCCCCUCCAGUGGCAGAAAUCCAGGCAGGCUUACUGGGGGGGGUGCUGCUUGAGCUUGGGGUUUGGGAUUCCUUUCUUUAAGGAGCAUUUAUUGGACCUAUGUACCUAUGUGCUGGUCUUGGUCCUCCUAUGACUGUCCUUGGCCAUAGUGAUGAAUUUGGGCAGGCCUGUGCAGGAUUUUGGGGAAGUGGGUUACUAGGUAGAGGGAACCUCAAGAGCACAGGCUCAGAGGUAGAAAAUGAGUUUAGCUACUUGGGGAGUGGCAGGAAAUGAAGCUGGGAAGUCCAAGUCUAGGCGUGGGGGCUAUCUAAAUCUCUGUCCUUUGAGACUGGCUCAGACACCGUAUCUGCAAAGCCUGUUUGAUUCUCCUGGCCCUCAGGACGUCUCGGCCAUGCUAUGCUCCACCUCGUGGCAGGAUGGUGGGUCUCUGUGGGUGGCUAUAGAUUCCCUGGGCGUGGAGAGUGGGUCAUGCUCAUUUGGGUGCACAAACUGCCCCCCUUUGCUGUGUGCCUGGCCCAGUGCUUGGUCCAUGGCCAUAUGAGUGGGCAAAGCUGUGGGAGCCCAGCAGCUCGGCUGCCUUUCUCUGAUCCCAGCUUGGUGUCCUUUUGUCCCCAUUUUCAAAUGAUGAAAGUAAAGUUCAGAGAAGUGAGGAAACUUGCCCAGAGUCACACAGCUAGUGAGUGGCCCAGUUAGGAUUUGAACCCCAGUCUGUGGUAUGACGCCUGUGAUCAUGCCUUGGUGAUCCCGUCCUGGGAAGAUGGGCUGCGAAGGGGCCUGGCAGGGGCUGGUCCACAGGAGGGUGAUUCAAAAGAGUUCAUUUUCCUUUCCUCUCCCUCCACAGUCUUAAUGCGGGCUUGAGUUACAGCAGGCCCUGUUCAGUUCACCAGCCAUCUGGUACUUUCUUGUAUUUAAUUAACAAAUAUUUAUUGAGCUCCCACUAUGUGCCAGGCACUGUUCUAGGCACUGGGGAAUUCAGUGAAUAAAAGAGAAGAAUCCCUGCGCUAAUACUCUCAUGAGGAAAACAGACAAUAGAUCAGUGAAGUAUAUAGGAUUUUGGAAGAUGAAAAGUGCUAUGGAGAGAACAUAGCUGAGAAGGGGGCCUGGGAAGGACAGGCCUGGGGACUGCAUAGGAGGGGGAGUAAGGAUUGCAGCUUAAAGCAGUCUGAAGGCCUCCUGGAGAAGAUGACAUUUGUGUAAAGACCUGAAGGGGGUGAGGGAGUGAGAUGUGCAGACCUCUAGGGAGAGGCCUGAGCAGGAACAGCGUGUGCAAAAGUCCUGAGGUGGGUGUCAGGAUUAGCCAGACUAGCCAGAAGCCCAGUGGGUAUGGAGUGCAGGGAGCAAGGGGAGAGUAGUAGGAGGCAGGGUUGGAAGUAAUGGAGGGCCAAUUCACACAGGCCCUGUGGGCUGGUGAUCUUUUGCUUUUGUUCUGAGAGAUGGGAGGCAGUACACGGCUGUAGCAGAGGAGGGAUGGGAUGUGAGAGACCUUGUGCAGAACAAGACAGAGGUGGUGGCCUGAGAAGGCCUUCUUGUCUGUUCAUUGGCCUGGCUGGGAGAGAGGCAGCAGUAGACCACUGAAUGAGAUGGGGUCCAUGCACAGCCACAGCAGGACAGGCACCGGAGGGGGCUUGCUGUGGGCUAGAUGAGGGUCACAGACCUGGUUAUGCCUGGCUCUGUGGCUGAGCUGCUGGGUCACCUCAGAUCAUUCUGUGCCCCCUGUGUUCAGCUAUAAAUUGGGAAAAACAAGCCCAGUGUUAUGAUGAAGACCAAAGGAACGGAGCAAACUCCUGAGGGUGCCCCAGUUGGGAGGGGGCAUCAGGGAAGCCUUCCUGUAGGAGGGUAGCCUUGCACUGAGCCAUCAAGUCCAAAUAGAACUAAGCCUGGUGGAGGGCACAUGGAUAAGGAUGGCAGGGGUUGGGAAGAGUACCCAGGAGGAGGAACAGUUGGAGCCAAAGCUGGGAGGCUGGAUAGCAGGACACCAUAAAGUACUGGGUAUUAAAAGAGCUAAGCUGACAGUCUCUGGGGAGGGGGAAGGCUGGCAGGCCCCUUCAUUCCGUCCGGGCAAGGACGGCUUGCUGUCGCCCCCACCCCCACUGUGGCAGCUGGCACCCCUUCAGCGGGUGCCUCCUUUUCAGCCACCUCUGGGCUCCCUUGGGCCAGCCCCGCCCCUUGGGCUGUGCUGCCGGCAGGGGCGGGGCCAGGCUCCCCAGAGCUGGCGGCGGGAGCCCAGUGGGGCAGGUGGAGGCCUGGCGGUGCUGGGCUUGCACGGCUGGGCCUCUGGGUUGGGAGCACCAGCUACCAGCCCUCCCUUUCUUUCCUGCCCCCAAUGCCUGCCAGACUUUUGCUUUUGCCUGGGCCCCCUCCUGACCAGCCUCCCUGCUCCGUCUGGGCGGGAUUUGGGGGCUAAGCUGUCUGGGGUCCCAGGACCAAUGCAGUGCCGGAUCCUCCGGGGCCUGGCUGGGGCCCUUGUCACCCUUCUGUGCAUGGGGCUCCUCUCUCUAUGGUAUCACUCCAACCUGUCCCCACAGGGCAUGCAGGAGACCCCCGGGCUGAGCCCACCAAGCCCUCGGCCCCCUGAACUGCAGCUGCACGAUGUCUUCAUUGCAGUCAAGACGACCCGGGCCUUCCACCACUCCCGCCUGGAGCUGCUGCUCGACACGUGGGUCUCCAGGACCAGGGAACAGACCUUCAUCUUCACUGACAGCCCCGAUAAAGGCCUCCAGGAGAGACUGGGGUCCCACCUCGUGGUCACCAACUGCUCUGCAGAGCACAGCCACCCUGCCCUGUCCUGCAAGAUGGCUGCUGAGUUCGAUGCCUUCCUGGCCAGUGGGCUGAGGUGGUUCUGCCACGUGGAUGACGACAACUAUGUGAAUCCGCCUGCGCUGCUGAAGCUGCUAAAAACCUUCCCGCGGACCCGCGACGUCUACGUGGGACGGCCCAGCCUGAACCGGCCUAUCCACGCGUCUGAGCCGCAGCCCCACAACCGCACGAGGCUGGUGCAGUUCUGGUUUGCCACAGGGGGUGCUGGCUUCUGCAUCAACCGCAAACUGGCUUUGAGGAUGGCCCCAUGGGCCAGUGGACCCCGAUUCGUGGACACGUCUGCCCUCAUCCGGCUGCCUGACGACUGCACUGUGGGCUACAUUGUCGGGUGCAAGCUGGGCGGCCACCUGCAGCCCAGCCCCCUCUUCCACUCCCACCUGGAGACCCUGCAGCUGCUGGGAGCCGCCCGGCUCCCAGAGCAGGUCACCCUCAGCUAUGGUGUCUUUGAAGGGAAACUCAACGUCAUUAAGCUGCAGGGUCCCUUCUCUCCUGAGGAGGACCCCUCCAGGGUAGCUGGACUCCUUACAUGCUGGCCCAGGGCUCCCAGUCGAGAGCUGGAUCACUUCUUAUGAACCAGCCUAGGAAGAGUCAGGCAGCAUCAGUUCACCAGAACCAGCAACAAGGCCAGCCCGUAAUCAAAGAGAGGGUGCUUCCCAUCCCCUGUAAAAAUCACAUCAUGAAUUUUUUAAAAAUCGUGUUGAAAUAUAUGUCACAUAAAAUUUUCCAUUUUAACCAUUUUAAGUGUACAAUUCAGUGACAUUAAUUACAUACAAAUGUUGUGCGACCAUAACCAAAACUUUUUAAUAAUAUUUAAGCAUAAUGUUUUCACAGUUAGCACGGAACAGAACUCCCCUUUUAUGGCUGCAUACUAUUCUACUGGAUGUACAUGUCACAGGUUGUAUAUCCAUUCAUCCUUUGAUGGACACUUGAGUCACUUCCACAUUUUGGCUGUUGUGAAUAAUACUGCCAUGAACACAGGUAUACAAAUAUCUGUUCGAGUCUCUGCCUUCAAUUCUUUUGGGAAUAUGCCCAGGAGUGGAAUGGCUGGGUCAUAUGAUAAUUCUAUGUUUACUUAUUUUUUGAAGAACUGCCAUAUCGUUUUCCACAGCAGCUACACCAUUUCUGAUUCCCACCAGUCAGGCACAAAUGUUCUGGUAUCUCCGCAUCCUUGCCAACAAUUACUACUUUCUAUUGCUUACAAAAGUGAUAGCCAUCCUAGUGGAUGUGAAGUGGUAUCUCAUUGUGGUUGGAUUUGCUUGCCCUAAUGAUGAGUGGUAGUAAAUGUCUUUAUUGGCCAUCUGUAUAUCUUCUAUGUGUCUUUUCAAAUCUUUUGCCCAGUUUCUAAGGGGGUUGAUUUUUGUUGUUGAUGAGUCCUUACUCUUCUUUUUACAGCCAUGUAGUAUUCCAAAGAAUAGUUAUACAGUUUUUAUUAGCCAGGUCUCUACUGGAGGAUGUUCAGGUUGUUUCCAAUCAUGUGUUGUUCAAAUGACACUACAAUGAAUUUUCUCAUAGACAUGUUAUUAUGCUCACAUGUGAGUAUAUUAGAGAAUAAAGUCCUAGAAGUAGGACUGGUGGAUUAAAGAGAAUGCACAUUUAUUGUUUAGGUAGAUACUGUCCAAUUUCCACUGAGAGAGAAUGUACUGAUUUAUAUUACCUGUAGCCAUGUAAGAGAGCAAGGCACAGCUUUAAAACUAACAAGUAGGUUUCCAGUAUUAUGCCAAAGAUUUUUCUUCCUUGGGGAUGCUAAUCUGACAUUUGCUAAUACUGAUUAAAACAUUGGCUGAACAUUGCACUGUGUUCAGGGAUUUGCAACUUAAUUGCAUUUGUUCAUAAAACAGAAUUAAUAUCGAAUAACUUGCCAUCAACAGAACUAAGUUUUGACCCUGUGCUUUGACAAAUCUAUUCCUGUUUUAAAAAUCCACUCAAAGUUUUAAAAAAGCUGCUGCUUGAAUACCAUUAAACUGAUAUAAAAAAAUCAGACUCAUAUCUCAAGGUGUAUGCCAAUUUUUUCAAAUAGUACAAAAUAUAUUUUCAUCAAUUACUUCCCAGAGAUAUAGCCAUGAAGACUCAUGACUGGAAAUUCUUUUAUCAAUAGUAUGUAAAUAGUAUGUAACAAGAUAACAGAACAACUCACACACCAAAUAUUAACUCAACCUACACAUGCUAGACUGUGUGGAUUUAGAAGCAAACAGCACCCCUUUAAAAAGUCCACACCAAACCAUUCCUCCAACUUCUAAUCAAAAAAGUAACUGAAAAUUGUUAUGAGCAAACCAGCACCCAAUUAAAACAGAGAAACCGAUUAUAACCACAUUAACUACAUUAUAUUAAUAUAUGUUCAUAAUUAACUAGUCACAGUUUUCAAGAAGGGAAAUUUUUUUUAACGGGAGGAAAUUCCCAUAAAUGAACUAACUUGUAAAUAAUCCCAGGAUGGAAAAUUCUAUAUGUUCUGCACAGCAACUAAUGUAAUAUUUAUGUUAACCAAUGAUAAAGACAUAUGCCAAAUAAAACAUGAUGUGCAGGGUGAAUAAAUAAGAAAUGCUUAAUCAAUAUGUUAAAACCAUAGUAAGUACUCAUCAACUUAAUACUUUGUCCAUAUGAAGCUAGUUUACAUAAAUAUCAGCUCGGUUCUCUUGCCUGAUACCUUUGAGUCCAUGCAGUCCAAACUUACACUCAGCAUAGGAAUCCUGGGUCACCCAGGCACAGCUUGCUUCCUCCAAUGAUGGCAGUUUCACUAUCUCCAUUAUCAGUGAAGACAGGCUGCCUCUUAUAUGGCACCCAGAGUGGGUGCUUAUGGGUUUCCCUUCCUCGGGGAGCUGUCCAGGACAUCCCUUCUCAGCUCCCUGACAAUCAGAGAUACAUACCUGCCUCUAGAUAUUUUUAAAGCUCCCCAGGUGGUUCCAUUGUACAACCACGGUUGGGACCUACUGCUUUAUAAAGUUCAUGCACAAUGCACCUGGUCAUCUCU